CUACCAAACGACCUCUUAUUCUGUGGGAAUCCAUUGAAUCCACCACUUCUUCUUCUCGGGAUCUGUGGCACCACUUUCUUCGUCAGCGUGUGGAUGCACAACGUGGCAGCCACCGUGAUGAUGAUGCCGGUGGCCACCGGAAUCUUGCAACGGUUGCCGUCGGUUAACCGGAGCCAGCCGGAAUAUUCCGAUCAGCUUGUAACCAACUUCUGUAAAGCAGUUAUUUUAGGGGUUAUAUAUUCCGCAUCAAUUGGAGGAAUGAGUACAUUAACUGGGACAGGUGUCAAUUUGAUAUUGGUGGGAUUGUGGAAGAGUUAUUUUCCUCAAGAAAAGCCUAUAAGUUUCAGCACUUGGUUCUUCUUUGGUUUUCCUUUGGCUUUGGUGAUUUUCUUUGCUUUGUGGGCUACUCUUUGCUUAUUGUAUUGUAGGAAAGGAUCAAGUAGAUCUCUUUCUGCUUAUUUGGACAAAUCUCAUUUGAAAAGGGAGCUUGAUUUAUUAGCUGAAUAUUAUACAAGGACUACUUUGGCCUUCUCCAAAAGUUUACUGAAAGCUAGAGCAACUUGACCAGUGGUGCAAUAUAAGAACUCCUCGGUACGUGCAUACCAGCAAUUAACCUGCCUUCAGUCUGCUUCUGUUCAUCUUCUUUCUUUCUCCACUUCAUCUAUAGAUUUCUUUUUAUGUUAAGUUUACGGAUUUUGCUGCUACUUCCGACAUCACCGAUUAUUGAAGGUCUUUGUGUAGGAAACCUGGUGCAUUGAUUUGAGCGGAAUUUCUUGAUCUUCCCCCACUCUGGUUUUUUCAUGCGUUGCUUCUGGGUUUAAUAAGUCUAAGGAAUCACCAAUUGUUGCUAGAUCUCAAUUUUUCUUUCUUUCGCAGCUUUUCUUUCAAUUUGCCUACUAUGUGUUUGUGAAAUUGCCUUCUAAAAGUUCAUCUUCCCAUGUCAUAUGCCAAGCUGAAUCAGGAUUCUCACUUAUCAUAUAAAAUGUCAAAACUGAACCUCCCAUGAGCACACAUUUGAAUAUAUCUGUUGGAUAAGAUGGUAUUAAAGAAGAAGUAACUGAAGUAGAAGAAAUUUAAGCUAUCUUUGACUAAUAGUGCCAUUAUUCUGUCACAACAAGUUUUCAACUGAUCUUGGAGUUUGAGAAAGCUUAUGGAAACUUGUCUUUGUGGUUCUAGCUUAAAAUAGAACUCCCAAAUUCUGAAAGAGAGGCCAAUAUGUAUUACAGUAGUCAUUACCUAUUUAUCAUUAAUCACUAGCUUUGAUAGAGCCUUGGAGAUAAAGCAGCAUAUGCACUUUCCUUAAGAAUGAUGAGAAUGAAGCUUUACAACUGAUAUUUUCUAUACCAAAUAAGGCUAUUACAGCUACUCCCACAAGAUUUCCUUUGCUCUUAUGAUUAUGUAUUUGUUGGUGAGCUUGUGGUUACUAACAUCUUAUUGAUUAAUAAUUAGUAGUAUUAUAAAUUUUUUACUUGGCCAAACAGCAAGAAGAUGAGUAAUGGUAACUCCACUUCACUCAUAGAAAAGAAAUGCAUUAGAGAAUGAAAUAAGAGAGUCAAAUUAAACAUAAAUGAGAAAGGGGAAUCGAAACAAAGAGGUCUGUAUUGGUUCGCCCUUGGGUUCUGCAAAGACUACAAGCAUUUUCCUGAAGUCAUCCAAUGCUACCUGCCCUCAGUUGAUCAAGAAAAAUAUAUAUAGAACUUUGUUACUCAACUGAUAAGCCUAUCAGGUAAUUGCCACCAGCUUGGUAUUGACAAUCACUCAAAUACUAAGCAAGCAUGGUAUUGUUCGAAAGUUUGUUGAAUUUUACAGUAAAUUUUA